AUGAACAUACAGCAUUCAGUGGUCGGCUUUUACGAGUCAUACGUUGCUCCUUGGUGGACAAGCAGUAAAUUCAAUGACGUGUAUCACAUCCUGACACGGCACAAAAAGGUAUCAAUCUCAGCUGCUGCUGCACUCGUGGGCCUGUGUUUCCUUUACGACCGCGCUUUUCGACCACCACGCAAUCUUCGCCACAUUCCUCAUGUCGCAUUCCCAACCUAUGUAUUGGCUGUCAUGAGAGGAAUGCAGCCCAAGGACACAGCUCGCUCCAUCACAAUGCCGGCUGCUGCACGAUCGCUACAUGGCUUGUAUUUGCGCUUUGAUCACAAUGGAUGGGCUGUCCAUGUUACUCGCCCCGAUGCCAUCAAACGGGUGUUGCUCAAAACAGAUCUAUUCCUAAAGAUCGACACUGCCAAGAACUUUGAAAACACGUUGACAGGCAAGGUUGUUGCAGGUCCCAAUGUAGCCUUUUUGACCGGGGAUCGAUGGAAGGCACAACGGAAGAUUGCAAACCCUGCAUUCAACCGGUCGAUGCCAGUACAACUAUUUGGGCGUCUUUCUCAGAAAUUGAUACAUGUCAUGGAUCAAUCAAUCGACCAACCUAUUGAGAUCCUCCAUUUUGUGGAACGUUACACGCUUGAUUCAAUUGCCAUUGCUGGCCUAGAUUACGACUUUGAUGCUAUUGGCAACCCUGAUUCAGAAUGGAUGCAACGCUAUUUGCGUAUCACUCAAGCAAUCGAAGAUCUUCCUUUCCUUCUUUUUCCUAUUCUGGACAAUCCGCGAUUUGCAAGCCUUGUGCCUAGACGACGACGUGCCCACCAAGAUGUCGAUGCUUUUUUGGCGAUGAUUGAUGGAGUGAUUGAACGAAAACGUGCCUUGUUGAAGGAAUCUGGACGUGACUUAUCCACUAUACCGCAACGUGAAAAGGAUCUAUUGACUCUCCUCAUUGAAGCUGAGAGUGAUGAGAAUGGCUAUUUGACUAACGAAGAACUCAGGAGCAAUGCAGCUGCCUUUUUCAUUGCGGGUCAUGAAACCACGUCGUCGGCUUUAUCAUCGAUUAUGUACUAUCUCGCAGCUCACCAAGAUGUACAAGAGAAGGCAAGGCAGGAGGCCAUUCGUAUUUUGGGUGAUGAGCCAAAGGAUGAGAUGCCUACACUUGAACAGCUAAAGGACGUGACAUACAUCAACAUGGUUAUCAAAGAGGCACUACGAAUGAGCCCACCUGGAACCCAAAUAAUUGCCCGAGAAGCACAAGAAGACACCGAAUUGGCAGGAGUGUUCAUCCCAAAGGGAAGAUUAGUAGCUGUCGAUCUAUACGAGUUGCAGCAUAGUCCAGAUAUUUGGCGUGACCCUGAAGUAUUUGAUCCUGAGCGCUUUGCACGUGGCGGUGAAGCAGAGCAAAUGGCAGGCAAGGGCUUGACAUGGAUUCCAUUCUCGAACGGAGCUCAUCAGUGCAUAGGCAUGAACUUUAGUCUUGCUGAACAACGAGUGCUGCUUUUAAUGCUUUUACGUAAAUACAAGUGGUGCCUUCCAGACGACAGCAUGCAUAAGGAUGGAUUGGUUACAUAUGGCUUUGGCAUCAUUCUUCCCAAGGACCUGAAGCUGUCAUUUGAGAAACGAUAUUAG